AUGGCGAUGAAUGUGAAAAAAAGAGUGGCACUGACGUUAAAGACCAAGCUCGAGAUAAUUGAACGUGUCGAGAACGGCGAAAAGAAGUGCAUUCUUGAGGACUUAUAUGGCAUCCCAAGGAGCACUUUGAGUACCAUUGUGAAGAACAAAGCUGUCAUCAAGGCACAAGCACACGAGACCAUGCGGACAAGUGCACAGCGUCUUCGGCCCCCUGCGUUCAGCGACUUGGAGAAGGCGCUCUACAAAUGGUUUUUAGAUGUCAGAGCUCGGAACAUACCAGUGUUGGGGCCGAUGCUUCAACAAAAAGCGAAAGACUUUGCCUGUAUCCUCGCUGCCGAAAACUUCGUCGCCAGCUCUGGAUGGCUGCAAAGGUUUAAGGCACGUUAUGACAUCGUGGGCAAAACGAUCUCUGGCGAAAGUGAGACGGCUAACUGCGAGAGCAUCAGAAAGUGGUUGGAAGAGGAGUGGCCGCAAAUCCUUGCAAAAUAUCAGCCCAAGGACAUCUUUAAUGCGAACGAAACAGGCCUAUUUUGGCAGAUGCUACCCAGGCUUACCCUUGACGCACGUGGAGAGCCGUGCCAUGGCGGGAAGCAAGGAAAGGCCCGGAUCACUGUUUUGCUUGCCGCCAACAUGGAAGGCACUGUGAAACUGCGACCCUUCGUCAUCGGGAGAUUUAAAACCCCAAGAUGCAUGAAAGAGUGCCGCGUACUCCCCGUAGAGUAUGCUUCCAACAAGAAAUGUUGGAUGACGCGUGAACUUUUCGUAAAGUGGCUGCUUGCUUGGGACUGCGAGCUUGUGCGCGAGGGUCGCAAAGUGUGCGUCCUUGUUGACAACUGUACCGCGCACAACACAGAUGUCGCACUCAAUAACAUCGAAGUUCGCUUUCUUCCGCCUAACUCUACAGCCAAGCUGCAGCCUUUAGAUCAAGGCGUCAUCAGGGCCUUCAAGGCAGUUUAUAAGAGCAGACUGAUUGACACUCUUCUCGUGAAGCUUCGUAUGAAGCAAGACUUGAAGAUCGACUUGCUGGGAGCAAUCCAGAUGCUUAAAGCGGCAUGGGACAGUGUGAAAGGUGAAACGAUUGCCAACUGCUUUCGGCACGCAGGUUUUGUUCCACCAGAGGCCCAUGCAUCAAGUGACGAUGGUGACGAUCCCGACGAAGCAGAAGCCGAGCUCCGCGAGCUCGAUGAGGCCUGGAACGAUUUUUUGCGUUUUGUUGGUGACAUGCCCGCAACAAUGACUGUAGAAGACUUCGUAGGUGGCGACGACAUCUCAGCGACCACGGCUGUACUGACGGACGCCGAAAUCGCUGCGGAAGUCUCUGAACAUCCCGCAGACGAAGCUCAGGCUGACCCUGUAGACGAUGAGAACAUUCCGACUUCACAAGAAGCACUUGCUGCGUUGGAUUUACUGCGCCGCCACUGCAGUGCUAUUGAGGGCAGUGGGUUUGCCCUUGUUGAGUGUUUGCAAACUGUGGAACAGGGCGUGAUACGGAAUGCGAUCAACACCAAGAAGCAGGCCGCGAUAACGCAGUUCUUUGUGCGUAAAUUAAUGAACGUGACCCAAGAACGGGCGCCUUAG